CGCUGAGGCCGCAGCAUGCAGCCCGCCCAGGUGGCCGAGGGGCUGAGGCUGGCGUGGAGCCGGGCAGGCGUCCGGGCGCCCCUCCCCGCCGCUCGAGCCCUCCCACUUCCUCCGAGGGAGCCGGGCUGUCAGGGCGCCCGCGACCGCGCGCAGUGCAGGCUCGAGGCGCCGCGCCGAGGAGGCUGCCGCUCUGGCUCGCCGCCGCCCGCCGCCGCUCCGCACCCGGCUCCCGCCGCCGCGCCGCGGGCCAUGGGGCUGCCCCGGGGCCUCCUGGUGGCCUGGGCGCUCAGCCUGUGGCCAGGGUUCACGGACACCUUCAACAUGGACACCAGGAAGCCCCGAGUCAUCCCUGGCUCCAGGGCCGCCUUCUUUGGCUACACGGUGCAGCAGCAUGACAUCGGGGGCAGGAAGUGGCUGGUUGUGGGCGCUCCAUUGGAAACCAAUGGCCACCAGAAGACGGGAGACGUGUACAAGUGUCCGGUGACCCAUGGGAACUGCACCAAGCUCAACCUGGGAAGGGUCACCCUGUCCAACGUGUCUGAGCGGAAAGACAACAUGCGCCUCGGCCUGAGCCUGGCCUCCAACCCCAAGGACAACAGCUUCCUGGCCUGCAGCCCGCUCUGGUCCCAUGAGUGUGGGAGUUCCUACUACACCACAGGGAUGUGCUCAAGAGUCAACUCAAACUUCAGGUUCUCCAAGACCGUGGCCCCAGCUCUCCAGCGGUGCCAGACCUACAUGGACAUCAUCAUUGUCCUGGACGGCUCCAACAGCAUCUACCCCUGGGUGGAGGUUCAGCACUUUCUCAUCAACAUCCUGAAGAAAUUUUACAUCGGCCCUGGGCAGAUCCAGGUUGGAGUUGUUCAGUAUGGAGAAGACGUGGUACAUGAAUUUCACCUGAAUGACUACAGGUCCGUAAAAGACGUGGUGAAAGCUGCCAGCCACAUUGAGCAGAGAGGAGGGACAGAGACCCGGACAGCAUUUGGCAUCGAAUUUGCUCGCUCAGAGGCUUUCCAGAAGGGUGGAAGGAAAGGCGCCAAGAAGGUGAUGAUCGUUAUCACGGACGGCGAGUCCCACGACACCCCUGACCUGGAGAAGGUGAUCCAGCAAAGCGAGAGGGACAACGUGACCAGAUACGCUGUGGCCGUCCUGGGCUACUACAACCGCAGGGGGAUCAAUCCAGAAACUUUUCUAAAUGAAAUCAAAUACAUCGCCAGCGACCCUGAUGACAAGCACUUCUUCAAUGUCACCGAUGAGGCGGCCCUGAAGGACAUUGUUGAUGCCCUGGGGGACAGGAUCUUCAGCUUAGAAGGCACCAACAAGAACGAGACCUCCUUCGGGCUGGAGAUGUCACAGACGGGCUUUUCCUCGCACGUGGUGGAGGACGGGAUUCUGCUGGGAGCUGUUGGCGCCUAUGACUGGAAUGGAGCCGUCCUGAAGGAGACCAGUGGUGGGAAGGUCAUUCCUCUGCGAGAGUCCUACCUGAAGGAAUUCCCUGAGGAGCUCAAGAACCACGGCGCAUAUCUAGGGUACACAGUUACGUCAGUCGUGUCCUCCAGGCAGGGGUGGGUGUACGUGGCUGGAGCACCCCGGUUCAACCACACAGGCAAAGCCAUCUUGUUCACCAUGCACAACAACCGGAGUCUCACCAUCCACCAGGCCCUGCGGGGUGAGCAGAUAGGCUCUUACUAUGGGAGUGAGAUCACCUCGGUGGACACCGACGGCGACGGAGUGACUGACGUCCUGCUGGUGGGCGCACCCAUGUACUUCAGCGAGGGCCGAGAGCGAGGCAGGGUGUACGUCUACAGCCUGAGCCAGAAUCGGUUUGUUUAUAAUGGAACGCUGAAGGAUUCCCACAGUUACCAGAACGCCCGAUUCGGCUCCUCCAUCACCUCGGUUCGCGACCUCAAUCAGGAUUCCUACAAUGACGUGGUGGUAGGAGCCCCCUUGGAGGACAACCACCGGGGAGUCAUCUACAUCUUUCACGGUUUCCAAGGCAACAUCCUAAAGACCCCGAAGCAGAGAAUCGCCGCCUCAGAGCUGGCUCCCGGCCUCCAGUACUUCGGCUGCAGCGUCCAUGGGCAGUUGGACCUUAACGAGGAUGGGCUUGUGGACCUGGCGGUGGGCGCCCUGGGCAGCGCUGUGAUUUUGUGGUCCCGCCCUGUGAUUCAGAUCAAUGCCAGCCUCCACUUUGAGCCACCCAAGAUCAACAUCUUCCACCGGGAUUGCAAACGCACCGGCAGAGAUGCCACCUGCCUGGCCGCCUUCCUCUGCUUCACGCCUGUCUUCCUGGCACCCCAUUUCCAAUUGGGGACAGUUGGCAUCAGGUACAACAUCACCAUGGAUGAGAGGCGGUACACGCCACGGGCACACCUGGAUGAGGGCGGGGACCGAGACACCAACAGGGCUGUCCUGCUCUCCUCCGGCCAGGAGCACUGUGAGCGGAUCAGCUUCCACGUCCUGGACACCGCUGACUACGUGAAGCCAGUGACCUUCUCAGUUGAGUAUUCCCUGGAGGACCCCGACCACGGCCCCAUGCUGGACGACGGCUGGCCCACCACCCUCAGAGUCUCGGUGCCCUUCUGGAAUGGCUGCAGUGAGGACGAGCACUGCGUCCCCGACCUCCUGCUGGAUGCGCACAGUGACCUGCCCACAGCCAUGGAGUACUGCCAGAGGGUGCUGAGGAAGCCCGCGCAGGACUGCUCCACAUACACGCUGUCCUUUGACACCACGGUUUUCAUCAUAGAGAGCACGCGCCGGCGGGUGGCGGUGGAGGCCAUGCUGGAGAACAGGGGCGAGAACGCCUAUAGCACAGUCCUAAAUAUUUCACAAUCAACCAAUCUGCAGUUUGCCAGCUUGAUCCAGAAGGACGACUCAGACGGCAGCAUCGAGUGCGUGAACGAGGAGAGGAAACUCCACAGGAAAGUCUGCAACGUCAGCUACCCCUUCUUCCGGGCCAAGGCCAAGGUGGCUUUUCGUCUAGAUUUCGAGUUCAGCAAAUCCGUGUUCUUGCACUACCUGGAGAUCCGGCUUACAGCGGGCAGUGACAGUGACGAGGACGAGAGCACCAAGGGAGACAACACGGCCCUCCUGCGCUUCCACCUCAAAUAUGAGGCUGAUGUCCUCUUCACCAGGAGCAGCAGCCCGAGCCACUACGAGGUCAAGCCCAGUAGCUCACUGGAGAGGCAAGACGGCAUUGGGCCUCCCUUCAACUGCGUUUUCAAGAUCCAAAACUUGGGCUUGUUCCCCAUCCACGGGGUGACAGUGAAGAUCACCGUUCCCAUUGCCACCAGGGGCGGCAACCGCCUGCUGAUGCUGAGGGACUUCCUCACCGAGCAGGUGAACGCGUCCUGUAACAUCUGGGGGAACAGCACCGAGUACCGGCAUGCCCCGGUGGAGGAGGACUUGCGCCGAGCCCCACAGCUGAACCACAGCAACUCUGAUGUAGUCACCAUUACCUGCAACGUGAGGCUGGCCCCCAACCAGGAAAUCAGUUUCCACCUGCUGGGGAACCUGUGGCUGAGGUCCCUAAAAGCUCUCAAGUACAAGCUGAUGAAAGUCACUAUCAAUGCAGCCUUGCAGAGGCAGUUCCAUAGUCCUUUCAUCUUCCGCGAAGAGGAUCCCAGCCGCCAGAUCACAUUUGAGAUCUCCAAGCAGGAAGACUCACAGAUCCCCAUCUGGAUCAUCCUGGGCAGCACACUGGGGGGCCUCCUGCUGCUGGCCCUGCUGGUCCUGGCGCUGUGGAAGCUUGGCUUCUUUAAAAGUGCCCAGCGCAGGAGGGAGCCCAGCCUGGAUCCCACCCCCAAAGCUCUGGAGUGAAGCUCCAGAGGAGGCUGCGAGUUGAUGGGGGCCAGGAGGCAGGGCCGGGCAGGGUGCAGGCCCCGGCCCACGGCCCACCGAGCUGGGGUGGAGAGGACCGCCAGCUCGCUUUGCACUUGAUCUCAUCUCCUGAGAGACGGACAGAGCCUGCUCCCUCUGAAGGGAACUCAGACCAGUUUUAGGAGGGACUGCUCUACUGGGAGGCGAAGACACCUCCAACACAGAACCCUAGGGAUUCAAAGGGGCAGCCCCUCCAAGGCACAGCCCAAAGCCUUCCCCAGGGUCUGUGGAGGUUUGUUGCCCCAGCCACUAAGGUGCUAGGAAUCCCUACCCUCAGAAGAACCCCCGAGAGGAAGAUUGCAAAUGCAAACCCACUCUGCACACCCCAGGCCUCUAGUUUUAACUGGACCCAGUGGGCCCGCAGAAUUCCGUCCUGUCCUCCCACCCCUGCUGCCGAAGGCCCUGAGUCACGCCCACCUGAGUGAACCCGACCUAAGGGCUAGGUGGUGAGCUGCUGCCUAGGCAUGAGAAAAGGUUCUGGGGCAUGGAGAUCUGACGGAUGGGCAGUGGGACCCAGGGUACGAUACGGGGCGCCACCACCAGCUGGGGAGGCAGCUCACGCUGACCUCCACCAGCACAGGCCCCUCCGCAGCCCCCGCUGCCACCCCUCCGCGCCGCUUUUGUUCCCGGGUACCUCGCAAGAUCGUGGGGAUGAUGCAAACCCUAGGGCUCAGCAUUCCCAGGUGGCCUUCCUGGCAGCCUGCCACGGCCCGCCGGCCUGGAUGCAGGGUGGGCAGCAAGGCAGGGGUGGGGAUCCUCCCUCCCCGCACCACGGCCUCCCUGCACACGCAUGAGCCCACGCACACAGCCUCCCAUCCGCCCACUAGUGCAUGGCAGGCUCUGCAGCGCUGAGGGGUCCUCUCUGACAUGAAGUGAAUAAAGCUGGUGCAGGGACCCCUGGGCCUGUGCAACCUCAGUGGCAAAGAGCUGACCUGCUGGCCCAUGGGACAAGUCCAGGGGUAGAGCCCCGAGGACAAGAAGGACGCCUGGUGCCCAUUGGAGUAAUUUAUGCCUUAACCUUGUUUUGAGGUAGCAGUGAAAGGGGGAUAUGUCAAUGGCAUUUGUCCCCCUGUCCAAUACGACCUUUACUGUCGUAAAUAUUUUUAAGAAAUUAAAAAAAAAAAAAUACGGUGCUUAAAAACAACCAAAGCGCUGAUAACCCAUUCUGUGGGCAGAGAGUCACAUAGCCAGCCACACUGUUUUCUUUGAAGGACAGGAGAUGGAAGAGGGGCUCCCUGGAUCCCUCCCAUUAUCUGAAUAUUGGGAAGGGACUUGUCUGCCCUUUGCUCCCUCCAAUAGGCCCUCCAAGUAGCUGCCCGGACUGGGUGCACAUCUCCAGUAACGGAGCACUCCUUCCUUCCAAGAACACCCGUUCUAUCUUUGGCCAGUUUGCAUGGCUGGAACCCUUGUGUCACUGUGGCUUCUCCCUCUUAGUUCCAGCUCUUCUCUCUCAGGCCUCCCUGACUUCUCCAGGCUAGAAUUUCAGUGCUGACCUUCUUACACCCUGACUUCAAGCUUCCUCACCUUUACACACAGGCUGCUCUUAAACCAAGUUGUCCCCAUUCUAUCCCAAGAAGCCGUUAGUAGAAUCUUAGUAAUUAUUUGAUCUUGUUCCCCAGAGAUGAGGACACUCAGAACCAAAGAAAUUAAGAGAUAACCCUACAUUCCACAGCAAAAUCCAGACUAAUCCCAGGAUUGCUCUCUCUCAAGCCAGACUAUCAUUCUAGCCCAGCCUUGGAAGGGCUUAGUGAAGGAGCAGAAGGAUUUAAUAUACAGUAACUCUGGAUGGGAACAUCUUUUUCUCAAAUGCUGAAACCAAAAUCAGAAAAGUUUUAAAACCAUGUUUCAUUUAGUCAUUACUCUCAUGAAUGGAGUAACCUGGCUGAAAGAGAAUUGAUGAACCCACACUCAAAGUGCAGCGUUUGAUUUAGCACCAAGUCACCUGUCAAACCAUCAAUGCUUUAAAAAACGCUUUUAUGUGAAAUCUGGCUUUCAGAGAAUGGCAUUCACAUUUUUUUUUUAAUUGCCAUGUGCAACCAUACUGCAGGCCAAACAAAAUAUAUCUGCAGGUCAGAUACAGCCCCAUGAUUGCUGCAUUGCCCCUCUGGACCCUCAAAGGCAGCCUUUAUCCCCAGGACACCACAGUCCCUCCACGGCCUCCCCCAGCCCUACACCAAGAAUAACUAAAUGGUCAAAAGGUAGAAAAAAUAGGAGGCUUGUAUUUCCAAGGCCUUCGGCCCUCACAUUGUGUGUCUCUCAUCUCAUCUUUUUCUUAUCAAUUCUCCCUUUUUGAAUUUAUUUGCUCUGGGGUACAAAUUUGCAAGACCGGCCUUAAGAAUGCCCGGUAGGGCAAGCAGAGAAGCAGCAUGUUACAGGGAGCAGAGCCUCAUGCUAGAGCUGUUUCUUAGGCCUAGCUGCACCUUAUAAUCACCUGGGGGCUUUAAAAGAUACCUAUGCAAGGGCCCACCCCAAGGACUCAUAUUCAAUUGGUUGGGACAAGGAGCAGAGCAUUGUUUUUGUUUCAAAGUUCCCCUGGUGACUCUAAUGUGCUGAGAGUAGAGGUCAACAUGUGGGUGAAUACUUGGUUAGAAAACAAACAAAUAAGAGGUUAACAUGCAGAGGUGAUAUUCCAUGAGUAACGAGAACUGUGCCAUCAUAAUAAUGUUGCUCAAGUUAACUUGACUCCAGCCUGGAGUUUGGAAGACUUUCUUGUUCCAGCAAGUCUCCAGGGUCAUAUUUGCCUCUGGUUUCACCCAGUUCUCCAUGGUCCUCAGAGCCCAAGGGGCCCUCAAAGAGUUGGGCACAUUUGCUGUUGUCUGGGAGAGGAACAGCUGUCUCUGAAGCCAUUGUGGCACUUAGUGGUAAGGAGCCCAAAAUGCAACACUAAAUCAACAUUAAAACUCAUACUGUGGUUCAUAGA